AUGAAAGAAUUUAUUAUACCAGUAGAUUAUGAUCAAUUAGCAACACCUUCAGAUAUAUUCUUUAGUGUUAGAUCAAAGGUUGAAGAUGUCACUAAACUUAAUCCAACUACUCAAUUAUCAAAAUUAGAUGACAUUCAAGAAAGAAUUAAAAAGGAUUCAUUAGAAAUAUUAAAUAAUAGUAAUUUUGAUUUGUUAUAUGCAUUUAUAGGAAAAUGUUUAAAAACAAACAAAGAUAUUAGAAAUAUAGUACUUAAAAUAAUACAAGGAGGUUUACAAGGAUUAUCAAUUGCCAUUCAAAAGGUUAUAUCAAUUACACCACAACAACAAACAGAUGAUCAUGACCGUUACAACAAUCAAUUGUUACAGGUUAGAAGUGCAUUAAAGAUCUAUGUCUACUUUUUACACAUUCUUGUAAAGACUCAAUUGGAGAGAAGUCCACCAGAGGCUGCGGACGGUGCACAAUCAUCAUCACAAACCCCUGCCAAACAAGGUGCAAAGAGAAAGAAAAAGGGGUCAUCGGCAGCAGAAGAAGAGUUGUGGGAUUCUGAUCAGAAUCGUGAACGUCUCAUACAAUACUUGUACGAGGCAUUUGAAAAGGAUUUGACAAGAUUAUGGCCAAUGACACGUCCUGAUGAAGAGAUGCUUUCAUUGGUACAAAGAGUGUUGUUUAGCAUGUUGGAGAAACAAGAGAAUAUCAAGACUGCGUCGAUUAGAAUAUCAAUCUAUUCAUUUAUUGUAUUAUUGGUCAAAAACUAUGAGUUUCACAUGACAACAGACGUGAUUAGUGCACUCUGUCGUCAACCACUCCUCGCCAACCAUCUUCCCGAUCUCUAUGCAGAUAUUGUCGAAAAGGUGCCACUCCGAACCAAUCUUGUCAAUCUCAUCCUCACAGAGGUUGGCAGACAGGUCGAGACUGAAACCAAGGAACUCAAGAGUUUGUUAGAGUUUGUUCCAAAGUUGGCCGAGAAAAUACCAAAGUACAUUGUUCCACAAUGGAGUGUUCUGAUGAUGUAUCUCAACAACCAAAACUACUCUGUCAGAAAUUGUGUCAUUGAAUCACUCGACUUUAUGAUUGCCGAAGGAUUCGAUACGAGAAAGGGCAAUGGUAGCAUGAAGAGAAACAAGACAAGAGAUGACCUCUUUGACGCACUCAUUCAAAGACAUCUCGAUAUCAAUGGGUACUGUCGUUCAAAGGCACUGCAAUCGUUGACCAGUCUUGUCACCAAGCACAAGAUGCCCAUAAGAAUGACCAAUGACAUUGUAGAGGUUGCCAUCGAUCGUAUCAAAGACAGUUCAUCAAAUGUUCGUAGUAGUGCCCUCAAACUACUCACAUGUAUCAUUUACGAGAGUCCAUAUGCUCCCAAUAUCACCAAAAAAAGAUUCGUCAAUCUCAUCAAUAUUUUGGCAGAAAUCUCUGACGAUCUACAAAAACAAAACAAAGAUAGAUUGGCAACUUUGGAUAUCGAAGAAAAUGAAUUUGAAAAUUCUCAAGAUGGUGUUAGAAAAGAGGAAAAAGAAAAAGAGGAUAAAGAUGAUGAUGACGAAGAAGAGGAUGAAGAUGAAGAUGGAAAGAAAAAGAAGAAGAAAAAAGACAAACAAGAUGAUGAAGAAAUGGAUAUAGACCAAGAUGAUGACGAUGUUGAAAAGAAGAAAAAGAAAAAAAAGGAUGAUGAUGAUGAUAGUGAUGAUGGUUAUGAUGAAAAUGGGAAAUUGAAAAAAGAAGAUAUUGGUCUUGAUAAAACUCUAAAAAAGCAAAAACAAAGUAUUAUUUUUAAUUUUACACAAACUUCUGAAUCUUUACAAUUACCAAUGGAAAAGGUAAAACUAUUUUUAAAGGAAUUUUUAAGCACAAGUGGAGCUGAACUCGAAGAAUUAUUAAAGAAAUCAAAAUUACAAAUUUUGAGUUGGUUGGAUCAAGGAAAACAAUGGUGUUUUGGUGCUGUUAGAUGUAUAGAACUAGUCGAAUCUUCAAUGGAAACGAUUUCAGAGUUAUUGGGAAGUACAACCAUCAAAGAUAUUGAAGAGGCUGUCAACUUUUUCCAAGUUGGUUAUGUCGCUGGUUUAGAAUGUCUUAGAACUGAAGGUCUAUCCAAAAUGCUCCUUUUGAUUCAACACGAAAAUCCAGCCAUCAAGAAUUGUGUUUCCAAUUGUUUUGGUCAACUAUUGCUUCAUCCACCAUCCGAGAAUGAACCUACCCAGGCCGCUAGAGUACCCUAUGAAAUUGCUAAAAAUCUCAUAGACAUUUCAAUCAACAAAACUUUGGGUGAAUUAACUUCCUUGGAGGAUAUUCUCUUUGAAUUGGUCAGAGAAAGGACCAAGGAGACAAAAGAAAAUGGCAAAGUGGUAGUUGAUAAAAUUAAACAUUUUAUUCAUGAUAAUGUUGUUAAAUCACUUUGGGAUAUUUUUGAGGGAAAAGUUACAUUAUAUAGAAGUACUUUAGAUAAAAGAGGAGCUAUUUUAGUUUUAUCAAUGAUUGGUAAAGAACGUAAUACAAUUUUUGGUGAUAAAAUUAAAAUAUUGAUUUCAAAAGGAUUAGAUUCUGGAGAUAUGUUUUGUUUAAAAUAUUCAUGUAUUUGUUUACAAAAAAUGAGAAAAAAUACAAUCACUGAUCCAAGAUUGGAUAACCAAAAUACGCUUUACAAGGAAUUAUUCACAAAAUUGACCAAUUUGGUUCUAGCCGAACCAAAGAAUCAAAAUGGAUGGGUCAUGUUUGCAGAACAAGCAAUCAAUGCAAUCUAUUCACUCAGUAGUUUGCCCGAUGAAUACAUGAUGACUAUUUUAACAAAAAUGUCAGAUGCAGUCACCAAAGACUCAACCGUUUCAUUGGCUUCAAGAUUCUUUUUUGUCAUUGGUCAUAUUACCAUCAAACAUUUGGUCUAUAUUGAUGAAGUCAUAUCAAGAGUAACACUCGAACGUAUACAGAAAAAGGAAAAGGAAAAGGCUGCAAAGAGCGAAAAGAGUGAAAUGGAUAAGGAAUUGGAAAAUAUUCAAGGUGGUGAUACAGAUGAUGGUGAUGAAUUCCUUCAACCAAGAGCUCAAAAAGAAUUAAUUUCUCAAAGUACUUUAAUUGGUGCACUGAGUGAAAUUAUUGUUACCAUUUGUAGAUCUUUUGAUGAUUUGGAUGAUGAUGAAGAUUUACGUUGUUCUGCAGUAUUGGCUUUUUGUAAAAUAAUGUUGGUCGAUGAAGACUUUUGUAGAAAUCAUCUUCCAACGUUGAUUGAUAUCUUGGAGAAAUGUAAAUCACAUCGACUUCGAUCGAAUAUUGUCAUCUGUUUGGGUGAUAUGACUAUUCGUUUCCCAAAUUUACUUGGAGAAUAUACAACAAAGAUCUAUGGACAAUUGGACAAUGUUGAUCCACUGUCAAGAAAGGACGCCCUCAUGGUUUUAAUGCAUCUUAUCCUCGCAAAUAUGUUAAAGUUUAAGGCACAAGCAUCAAAUAUCGCAAUUUGUACGCAAGAUCCUGAUCCGGUCAUUAGAAAUUAUGCUUCAUCCUUUUUCCGUAAAAUUGAUCCAGAUGAAAAAGAAAAAAAGAAUGAAAAUAUUGUAGAGAAACUUUGUAUUAGAUUUAAAGAUUCCAAAACAACUGGAGAAUCACAAAAUAUUGCAUUUUGUUUACAAUUAUUAAAGUAUAAUGAAAAAUCGUUACGUACUUUAUUAGACAAGUACAAAAUCUAUCAAGACAAAUUGGCAGAUGACGAGACUUAUGGUUUUAUGAUUGCCAUUAUAGCAAAGGUAAAGAGAGCUCAUCCACAAAGAUCGGGUGAAAUGAAACAGUUGCUCUAUGAAUUGGAACAAAAGUUUAAUAUCAAAUCCAAUGAAGACGAAGAUGGAAACCCAAUCGAUCGUGAACAAAAUGUUUCUCCCACUAAACCAAAACCUGGCAAACCAAAAGCAGCUGCAAGAAAGAAAGGUGCAGCCUCUAAAAAGAAAAAAGAUGCGUCUAGCGAUGAAGAAGAGGACAAUGACAAUGAUAGCGAUGAUGGAAUGGAUGUGGACACUCCCAAAAAACCAGCUAGAACACCGAGAAAGGCCGCUGCCACGAAAAAGGUCAUUGACGACGACUCUGACGAUUCAGAUUCAGAUUCACCAUCACCAUCAGACUCUGGCUCUGGAUCAGAAAGCUCAGACGAGUCUAUGGAAGACCUAUCCCCAAAAAAACCAGCUCCUGCAAAGUCUAAAAAGAAACCAGCAGCCAAACCAGCCUCAAAACCCACCAGCAAAAAAAGAGCAGCCAGUAAAAAAGUAGCCGAGUCUAGUAGCGAUGAAAUACCAUCAUAUCAACAAUUUGCAACUCACACUUGGUCAGGCAACGCUGGUGACAACAAUUUUAUGAAUGGUGCUAAUUGGAUUCCUAUAACAGCAGCACCGAAUGCAAACUUUAACAUUAUCAUCGGUUUUGGUACGUCAAUCUAUCUUGACGGUAAUGUACAAGUCAACUCGCUCACAAUCUCACAGGCCUCUAGUAAUACACCUGUAAACUUUGAAAUCCGUGGAGGUUCAAAACUGACGACACAACAGGUCAAUGUCAUAGCUGGAACUCUCACUGUCAACGGAGCAACAGUUGUUUCAAACGACUUUUAUGCCAGCAGCACUGGAAAUACUGUUCUCCUUGGACAAGCUUCUCUUGUAAUCCCCAAUAUUUGGGCCAACGGCACCUCUGUUGUAACGACAGCCGGACAAGCUAGCAUCAAUACCACCUUGGCCACUUUUUCACAGAGUGCAACCUUUAAUGCUUCCUCGUCUACCCAAUUCAACGGUGAUUUAAAGAUGACUCAAACCAGUCUGUUCAAGGUUGUAGGUCCAGGUGCAACAUUUACUGCUCCAUCACUCGUUACCUAUGACUCUGCAGUGGUGACCACUCAGGAAUCUGCCAUUUUGUUAAACAAAUUCGAUGCCUACUCUACCCAAACCUCUGUAUUCAACCAAUCCAUUGUUACUAUCGAUGGAGACAUGUCAGUAAGCUCCCAGUCAUCACUCACAUUCCAAAGCCAAUCCAUCUUUACCAUCAUGAAUGCAGAUGCAUUGACAACUUCCAUUUCAGGUCCAGUCAAAUUCCUCCAAUCCCGAUUCGAUAUUGCCAACACAUCUUAUGUCCCAGUAUUGGCUGCAAACAUUACCGGUGUUGCCUCUGAAAUCAAUAUCUGGGGUACCAUUAAAAUUGCAACCAAUGUUAGAUUCGAUUGCGCAAGUUGCAACAUUACAACCAAUGAUGAAGGAUAUAUCAGAUUUGAAAUGAAUUCACGUACCAAUUGGACAAACACUCAAUUUAUUAAUAAUGCUAAAGUUUUCGUUGCUGCCAAGAUGCUAAUGCCAUUUGGAAAUAAUAUUUUAAAUACAGGAUAUCUUGAUUAUUGUGCCGAUAUUUUUAUUGAUUCUGUCAAUAAUACCGUCGCUGAUACCAACACUUCACACAUUAUUACCAAUACAGGACAAUGGAUUUGUUACACACCAAUGCACAAUAUCAUGAGUGCUCCAUUCCUCAAUCAAGGUGAAAUCAAGAUGACACGUGGAAAUGUGACAUUUAACAAGUUGAGACAAGAAUCUGGAAGUAUCGGUCUACUCAACGGUAUGCUCUUUUCAAACAAUACUAUUGAAAUCUUGGAUGGUCUUUUGUAUGGAUCAGGUAGAAUUUAUGGUAAUGUCAGCAACUCUGGUCAAAUCUUUAAUAUCACAGAUAUCAAUAAUCCAGUUUCAUCUAUUAUUCUUACUGGUUCAUUGAAUCAUACUGGUUCAAUUGGUAUUAUUAUUACCAAUACUACAAACUUUUCAUCUUUAAAUAUUACACAAAAUUUAAUUGUAUCAAAUGGAACAUUAACAAUCAAGAUUAAUCAAGAUGUUGCAAAUGGAACUGAAAUUAAUUUGAUGCAAUACAGUCAAAUGGAGGGAAGCUUUUCAAAGAUUAAUAUUGUUACCUAUGACCCAGCAACUGGACAAGAAAAAGAAGCAGACGAAUGUAAAUAUACUACUAAGGAUAAUGGUCCAUCCUUUUCUUUGCUUAUUGGCAAUGACGAAUGUUCAGAUAUAGGUGAUGACAAAAAAGUUCCAAAAGCAUUGAUUAUCGGUUUGGUUGUUGGUAUUGUAGGUGCUGCCUUAUUGGUUGCCCUACUAGUUGCCAAUCGUACUAGAAUUAGAUUAUUUUCAAAGAAAACCUAUAAUAUUCGUAUGGGUUCUAAAAAAUAA